UUCCCUCUACAGGACUCAGCUCUUGAAGGCAAUAGCCUUUAUAGAAAAAACGAAUAGGAAAAGUCGAAGUGCUAUUUUUUUCAAGGCUGCUGAAGUUCACUGACAUCUCACCGUACCUAAGACUGCUGGAGCAAUAAAACUGAGAGAAACUUUUACCAAGAUUUCUUUCCCUGCCUUGAUAUAUACUUUUUCUUCCAAAUGCUUUGGUGGGAAGAAGUUGAAGACUGUUAUGAAAGAGAAGAUGUUCAAAAGAAAACAUUCACAAAAUGGAUAAAUGCACAAUUUUCUAAGUUUGGAACGCAGCGCAUAGACAACCUCUUCAGUGACCUGCAGGAUGGGAAACGCCUCCUAGACCUCCUGGAAGGCCUGACAGGACAAAAACUGCCAAAAGAAAAAGGAUCUACAAGAGUUCAUGCUCUGAACAAUGUCAACAAAGCACUGCAGGUCUUACAGAAAAAUAAUGUUGAUUUGGUGAAUAUAGGAAGCAGUGACAUAGUGGAUGGAAAUCAUAAGCUGACUCUUGGUUUGAUUUGGAAUAUCAUCCUCCACUGGCAGGUCAAAAAUGUGAUGAAAACUAUCAUGGCUGGAUUGCAGCAAACCAACACUGAAAAGAUUCUUCUGAGCUGGGUCCGACAAUCAACGCGCAAUUAUCCACAGGUUAACGUCAUCAACUUCACCACCAGCUGGUCUGAUGGCCUAGCUUUGAAUGCUCUCAUCCACAGUCACAG